UUUCCCACGGCCAAAAAAAUUAAAGAAAACAAAAAAAAAUCAUUUCUCAGAACAACAAAACCACCAAAAUUCAGCAAGAACUCAAAAUUCUAAUUCUUUUUCGAGCAACGGAACUCAAAAAUAUUUGAUCUCGUUCGAGCUGAAUCGAUGGUGUGUUGUUUGGUUGCGUGAGGAGAGGAGGAGGAGGAGGAGGAGGAGGAUGCGGGUGGUGGUGGAGGAGGAGGAGGCCGAGGUGAUGUACCCGUCGACGCCGGGGAAGGUGAAGGUGGAGCAGCGGUCGUCGGCGGCGAUGAGCCGGCAGGUUCACCGGUGCUUCGCGUCGACGGGGACCAUGUUCCUGUGGGCGCUGUUCCUGGUGGCGAUGACGGCGACGUACCUGAGCUUCCGCUCCCUCGCCGGCGACGCCGCGGCGUCGUCGUCGCGCUACUUCCCGGCGGCGUCGUGGGGCGGGCUGCACUGGGAGCGGCAGAUCAGGGCGUCGGCGUCGCCGCGGCGGCCGCCCGGGUCGGCGGAGGGCGCCGGGCUGUCCGUGCUGGUCACCGGCGCCGCCGGGUUCGUCGGCGCGCACUGCUCCCUCGCCCUCCGCAAGCGCGGCGACGGCGUCGUCGGCAUCGACAACUACAACUCCUACUACGACCCGUCGCUGAAGAAGGCGCGGCGCGCCCUCCUGGGCUCGCACGGCGUGUUCGUCGUCGACGGCGACAUCAACGACGGCCGCCUCCUCGCCAAGCUGUUCGACGUCGUCCCCUUCACCCACGUCCUCCACCUCGCCGCGCAGGCCGGCGUCCGCUACGCCAUGGAGAACCCCUCGUCGUACGUCCGCUCCAACGUCGCCGGCCUCGUCUCCCUCCUCGAGUCCUGCAAGGACGCCGACCCGCAGCCGGCCGUCGUCUGGGCCUCCUCCUCCUCCGUCUACGGUCUCAACGACGCCGUCCCCUUCUCCGAGGCGCACCGCACCGACAAGCCGGCGUCGCUCUACGCCGCCACCAAGAAAGCCGGCGAGGCCAUCACCCACACCUACAACCACAUCUACGGCCUCUCCAUCACCGGCCUCCGCUUCUUCACGGUGUACGGUCCCUGGGGCCGCCCCGACAUGGCCUACUUCUUCUUCACCCGCAACAUCCUGCAGGGGAAGCCGGUCACCGUCUACCGGGGCCGUGAUCACGUCGACAUCGCCAGGGACUUCACCUACAUCGACGACAUCGUGCGGGGGUGCCUGGCGGCGCUGGACACGGCUGGGCGGAGCACGGGCGGGGGCGGGAGGAAGCGCGGGGCGGCGCCGUACAGGAUCUUCAACCUCGGGAACACGUCGCCGGUGACGGUGCCGGCGCUGGUGGCGAUGCUGGAGAGGUGCCUGAUGGUGAAGGCGAGGAGGCACGUCGUCGAGAUGCCCGGCAAUGGCGACGUGCCCUUCACCCACGCCAACAUCAGCCUGGCGAGGGAGCAGCUCGGGUACAAGCCGACGACCAGCCUCGAGAUGGGGCUCAAGAAGUUCGUCCGGUGGUACCUCUCCUACUACGGCUACAACAGAGGAACUCACGCAUUCAGGAGCCGCUUGUGAUGACGAUUAUAUAAAUUGUUAGUAUAGUUAGCAUUAGUGAAUAUAUAAAUAUGUGUUGAACAUUUUUGUUUUUUUUGUUGUUGGGGGGUUUGUGGGGAUGGAAGGAGGAAUUGAUUCUUUUGUUAAUUUUUUUUCCCUUGUUGUAUUUUUGUCAUGUAAAUUAGGUUGUUUAUAGGUUUUCUAAAGUUUACAUUGACAAAAGAAUGGGAAAGUUUAUUUAUCCCUCGAGGGGCCAUUCCCUUGGGGUUUU